CCCUUUGCUAGGCAGCCAUUUUGAGUGAUUGCGUCGUUCUUGAACAUUCUUGCUGAAUUUUUGGGAAAAGAAAGUAUUAGAGCUUAUUUCAGUUUAUCGCUAAAUAAAUAUGAGUUACGGUAGGCCUCCGCCUCGUAUAGAGGGAAUGGUGUCGUUGAAAGUUGAUAAUUUAACGUACCGUACAACUGUGGAGGAUCUUAGACGUGCUUUCGAAAGAUGUGGCGAGGUCGGUGAUAUUUAUAUUCCUCGAGACCGAUUCACGAGGGAAAGCAGAGGCUUUGCCUUCGUUAGGUUUUAUGACAAGAGAGACGCUGAAGAUGCGUUAGACGCCAUGGAUGGACGUAUGAUGGAUGGAAGGGAACUGAGAGUACAAAUGGCCCGUUAUGGAAGGCCCACUUCACCACAACGCAGAUAUCGUGGUGGUAGAAGGAGGGGUAAGAGAAGCAGGUCAAGGUCUCGUAACCGCAGGUCUAUAAGCAGAAGCCGGUCCCGCUCUGGUAGCAAGAGCUCCAGGGGCCGAUCCAGGUCAGCAGAUGAUGACAGGAGACGCUCCAACAGCAAGUCCCGUUCUAGAUCAAGGUCAUAGGUGACAACUCUAGUUGCAGAGUGCAGUGCAGUUAAGUAGGGGCCUGCCUCUAAGGUAUUUAUCAAAAUAUACCACCAUUGACCUAAAUGAGCUUUUAGUUAUUUGAUUGCCUUUUAUUUGGAAAAUCUUCAUAAAAUACAAUGAGUUUUCUAGAUAUUAAAUGUUAACUUUAAUUUGUAGGCACAGGGGGGCCAAAUGACUUAACAGCAUAUAAUAUCAGUAUGCAAUUUAUGUUUCAAUUAAUAAUGUUUUCAAAGAUGCAUGCAAUAAUCAGAAUAAUGAGUAACAAUAUUGAUAAAAAUCAGAUAAAUUGAGAUGGCAUCUCCAGUUAGUUGCAGGAGAAUUUUAAAGUUUGUGGGCGGCAUGGGUUAAAAAUUUUUCAGCACCUGUAAAAGUAGCCUGUGAAAUGUUUUUUCCAAGGUCAAAUGCCUUCCAAUUGAAAGUCAAGUUUUUCAACUUGUUCUAUGUCCCGGAAAUAAAAACACAAUUCAGAGGUGCUAUUUCAUAUGAAUUUUAGAUUUGGAAUUGUUUCACUCAUAAACAUCAAGUGUUCCUUGAUUAUUUUAGGCUAACAGGUAAAAGGGCCCUGACUGUUUUUAUAUUGUCUUGAAACAAAAAAGUGGAUUAUGUCCUCACAAUUAUUUUCUUGAAAAAGAUGUUGCUGCUCCUUUGGUUUCUCCUUGAUGCUGAAGUUCUCAUGAAAUAAUUCAGAUAUGUUUGUUUAUUGACAUUGAUUGAAUCCUCAAAAUUUUUAGGAAUACAAUAUUGUAGUUUUUUAGUAACUUAGCAAGUAAUUCAUUUCAUUGUUUGGUAUAUAGACACACCAAAAAUUAUUUCAGGAUUUUGAAUGAAGUUGUUUGACAACAAUGGAUUAUAGAAUGUCAAAUUACAAAAUAUAGAUUUCCUUUUUAGGUUAAGGUUUGUUUUUGUAUGUACUGUUUCAAUAAUUUGACUUGGAUGGUGAAAACUAUUCACUUGUCCUCAUGUAAUGUACCCUUUGGUCAUAAAAGUUCAUUAGAUAUG